AUGAAAGAUGAAAUUUUGUACCAAUUCAUAUCAAUCAUACAACUUUACACUAACUACCUCACUGAAUAUUUGUCUAAUACUGGUGUGACAUGUAUUCUAUCAUCCCGAAGACUUGCCGUCUACCGUAUUUCUUUCCUGAUACCAUAUCUGUAUCUCUCAUUUCUACCACGUUUAACAAACACCUCAAUGGCUAGCUGUCGUUGUAUCCAGUUUAACUCGACUGGCAUUUUCCAGUCACCAGACUUCCCGAAAUAUCCAUUAUCAUCGGUAUUAGCUCCAUCAUCAGUGCUUCUUCAGCACCCACUUUUAUGUUUGCUAUAUAAAUUUACAGCUCCGGAUGGAUACAUUAUUGAAGUAACCUUUGACUACUUUCACCUCUCACCCCGAACUGAUCGAUGCAAUGAUUAUUUAAGGUUAUUUGAUGAUAUAUCGAAUGGACUGAUCGAUGAAAAGACCGCUCACAACGGUGAAUUCUGUGCUCGAGAGAUCGAAGUUGGGCAAACAUUCUACUCUCACACGAGAUAUCUCAUAUUCCAUGUUCAAUUAUCUGGUACCUCCAGAGGCUUUCAUGGUACCUACAAUCUUAUUCCUAAAGGACGAUUCUUUUCGAAUGCUAUUGAAAUAGAAUCAUGUCGUUUUCGUGUUGAUAGUUUAGCUGGUAAUAUAUUCUCGCCUAAUUAUCCAUACUUUUAUCCAACCACAACCAAUUGCACGUACUAUUUAGCACCUCGUCAAGGAUUUAGCUUGAUAAUUUCUUUAGAAUAUCUGAAUUUAAGACGUUAUGCUUGCCAUGAAGACUUCAUUGACAUCUAUCAAAUGCAUCCAAAGGUUCAUCUCGAAAAGCUCUGUUAUGACUCGAUGCCACCAUAUCAAAUUCAAACAAUGCAUGGAUAUAUCAUUGAAUUUCACAGUGGCAACAAUGACAUAGUAAAAGCCCGCGGUUUUCAUAUUUCAUUCAAGUAUAUAUCUCAGCAAUUAUCACAGAAUAUGCCAGACGAAAGCAACACUCCGCUGGCCAAUGAUAAUAUUUCAGACUUGGCUUACUUAUCAUUUUCAUUGUUUUCCUCUUAUCCUUCUACUAAAUUUUCUUCAGCCAUCACUGAUGUCCACGGCGAUGAAAUUAGUUUAAGAGAACACUGCACAGUGAGGAUCACUUCAUCCUCAGUAGUUGAUAGCGAUUCUCCCUUUUCCGGUGUCUCAGGUAUUCUCAAUUCAACACAGUACGUAAAUGGUGACGAACCAUUCAAAUGCCAGUUUAUAUUUCUCGGUAGUGGCACCGAAAGAGUGCAAAUUACAUUUCUCUAUUUUCAUUUGUAUUCUCGAAUCCCUCAUUUGAAUAAUAAUACCAACAGAUGCGAUGAAAUGGAUCACUUAUCAGCUCAUGUCCUGAUUGGUACCCGCAUGUCUCGAAUCGAAGACUUCUGUGGUGCUGAAACACCUCCUCGGCUGAUGUCUACCAAAAAUCUAUUAACUUUGGAUUAUGUAGUUCGAUCUACCAGAGUAAUGAGACGAAUGAUGACUAAUGCUGAAAAUUUUGGAUUUGUAUUAAAAUAUCACUUUCGAUCUGAUCUAGGCUUAUCAGAAAUGAAUGCUGAAGUGAGAAAUGAUAUAACUUGUCAUUAUGAGUUUAAUUCAUCUCAGCGCAGCUCAGGUGACAUUUUCUCUCCUAAUCAUCCAGGAUAUUAUCCUCGCAACAUCGACUGCCACUACAUAUUUCAUGGAGCUGAGAAACAGGUCGUUAUUAUACAUUUUGAAUAUUUUGACGUGGAAGGAUUAGCGGCCUGCGGUGAUAGUACGCACAGCGAUUACGUACUAUUCAGCAACUACCAAACUCAGGAUCGUACUAAUCGUCGGUAUUGCGGUCAGAUUUGUCCAAGAGACUCAAUUGUUAGUGAAUCGAACUAUUUUCGGAUGUUAUUUCGCUCCAAUGAUAUCUUUGACGCCACCGGCUUUUAUGCUCACUAUCAAUUCAUUACAGAACAAAUCUCACAAAUCAAUCGCGUGAAAGUGACCAGUAAUGCAUAUCCGUUUGUUAGGUUAUCGCUGACUUUGCCAGCUACGCUACUAUCUUUGGGAAUCAUUUAUAGAUGGUCCUUAUGA